AGUUUACAAGCUCUGAUGAAUGAGUGCAUUGGCCAUGUUAUUGGAAAACCUCACAGUCCUGUUACAGGUUUGUACCUUGCUAUUCAUCGAAACAGUCCCCGUCCUGUAAAAGUACCUCGGUGCCAUAGUGAUCCACCAAAUCCUCACCUUAUCAUCCCCACACCUGAAGGCUUCAGCACGCGGAGUGUCCCUUGUGAUGCACGGAACCAUUGCAGCAUUGCUGUUGGUCGCCCCGCUCCCGUCGGUAGCGACUCAGCUCAACCCAAACCUGUCAGCAGUGCAAAUGAUACCAGGGGUUCCAGUGUCCCUGAAAAUGAUCGACUGGCUUCAAUAGCAGCUGAGUUGCAGUUCAGAUCCCUUAGUCGUCACUCCAGUCCCACUGAAGAGCGAGAAGAGCCGUCGUAUCCAAAAGGAGAUUCAUGUGGCUCGUCCCGGCGGAGUUGGGAGCUCAGAACUUUAAUCAGCCAGACCAAAGACACUGCUUCCAAGCAAGCACCGAUUGAAGCUGUUCAAAAGUCUGUUCAGUUGUUUGAAGAAAGGAGAUACAGAGAGAUGAGGAGGAAGAACAUCAUUGGCCAAGUUUGUGACACACCGAAAUCUUACGAUAAUGUCAUGCAUGUAGGUUUGAGAAAAGUGACUUUCAAGUGGCAGAGAGGAAACAAAAUUGGUGAAGGCCAGUAUGGGAAGGUCUAUACCUGUAUCAGUGUUGACACUGGAGAGCUGAUGGCUAUGAAGGAAAUAAGAUUUCAACCUAAUGAUCACAAAACCAUCAAAGAAACAGCCGAUGAGCUGAAGAUUUUUGAAGGCAUCAAACACCCUAAUCUUGUUCGUUAUUUUGGUGUGGAGCUCCAUAGGGAAGAAAUGUACAUCUUCAUGGAGUACUGUGAUGAGGGCACUCUGGAGGAGGUAUCAAAACUGGGCCUUCAGGAGCAUGUCAUUAGGCUCUACACAAAGCAAAUCACGAUUGCUAUCAAUGUACUACAUGAACAUGGUAUUGUUCAUCGAGACAUUAAAGGAGCCAACAUCUUUCUUACCUCAUCUGGACUGAUUAAACUAGGCGACUUUGGCUGCUCAGUGAAACUGAAGAACAACACCCAGACAAUGCCUGGAGAAGUGAACAGUACUUUGGGGACUGCAGCGUACAUGGCUCCAGAAGUAAUUACUAGAGCUAAAGGAGAAGGGCACGGACGUGCAGCAGACAUCUGGAGCCUGGGCUGCGUUGUUAUAGAGAUGGUCACCGGCAAGAGGCCUUGGCACGAAUAUGAGCACAACUUCCAGAUCAUGUAUAAAGUGGGGAUGGGCCAUAAGCCUCCUAUUCCUGACAAAGUGAGCCCAGAAGGGAAAGACUUCCUUUGCCACUGCCUGGAAAGUGACCCAAAGAUGAGGUGGACGGCCAGCCAGCUCCUCGAUCAUCCUUUUGUCAAGGUUUGCACAGAUGAAGAAUGAAGUUACUCAAUCUCUGGCCUUUUUUAUUCUGGCAAGAUAUCUUUUAAUCACUACUGUAUGUAAUAUUUACAUAAAGACUGUGCUGAGAAACAGUAUAAAAGUUGACCUUACGAAGACUGCACAAGUGACGAGCGUCACUUUCUCUGCUGCUCCUGUAUGUUUUACUUGGCACAUGUUGCUCAUGUGACAGUGUCCGCAAGUUGGAAGAAGCUGCAUGUUUCAGUGAAAGUGCCAUUACUACUGUAUAUGGACCAUAACUUUUUUUUGUUCUUUCUCCUAUUUCUCAUUUGAUUGAGAACUGUAAUGUUAAUAUGUAGUAUUUUUGAACUCUUUUAGGUUCAGAAAAAUGCUGUAGUGUUAUCAGGCGUUAUGGACCUUGUUUUUUUAAUCUGUUUGUUGAGUGCACUGACUGUGAACUUUUACUGGGUUUUUUUUUGUUUUGUUUAUUUGUUUUUGGCAAGCUUCAGAUUUGUUAUGCACAAGGCUGAUUAAUGAAAUUUUAAAAGAAGUUUUUUCUCAAUAAAUGGUUUAUUUUAGGA